AAAAUUAAGACAAGGAGACAGACCAGACCGGACAGACCUCUUUUUUUUUCUCUUUUCCGUCUGGAAGAACCCUAAACCCAUCCGCAUCGACAGAUAAUUGAAGGAAAAAAAAAUCACUUGUCUCGUCUGAUUGAUUGAAUUUUUAGGCUCGAAGGAUGGAAACGCCGAUGGUUGCAGGUGCUGCUGUAGCUGCUGCUGCUCUAGCUGGUAGGUAUGGUAUACUCGCUUGGCAAGCCUUUAAGGCCAGGCCACCCGUGGCUAGAAUGCGCAGGUUUUACGAAGGUGGUUUCCAAACUGCAAUGACACGGCGAGAAGCUGCUCUCAUUCUUGGAGUUAGGGAGAGGGUAGCGGCGGAGAAGGUGAAAGAAGCUCACAGGAGAGUUAUGGUUGCAAACCACCCUGACGCUGGAGGUAGCCACUAUCUCGCUUCCAAGAUCAAUGAAGCCAAAGACAUUUUGCUUGGCAAGUCCAGUAACUCCGGCUCUGCUUUUUGAUUCUCAUAUUAGUUUUUUUUUAUACAAACCCAAUAUGGAACUCUUGUCUUUUAAUUUGAUUAUAAGUUUUUCAAUGUACCACCAUUUCUUGUUUGUA